GAGCCGCGACCGCCGCGGCCCCGCGGCGGCAGGUGUGGAUGGGCGCGGCGGAGGUGCGGAGGAGACUGAGGUGCGGGGAUGUCCACUCCCGCCUGCGCUCGCCCGGGGCCCGGGCUUGGGGGCGGGGAGCGCCUCCCCGGAGGAGCUCCGAGAGCUGCUUCGACCUGCGCACAACUUGGGGCGCGGCCCGGGCGCGCAGGUUCCACGUCCGGCGCCGGGAGGAGAAAGGCGCGCGUCCCCGGCCGCGGCGCCCGCGUGGACCCCAACGGUGAGGCGGCGGCCGGGGGGCGGCCGGGGGGCGGCCGGGGCUGGAGGGUGGGCGGCGCCUCCGCCCUCCGCGUCGACCGGCGGAGACAGAGACAGGAGCGACAGCAACGCAAGAUGGCAGCCACCACGGGCUCGGGAGUAAAAGUCCCUCGCAACUUUCGACUGUUGGAAGAACUGGAAGAAGGCCAGAAAGGAGUAGGAGAUGGCACAGUUAGCUGGGGUCUAGAAGAUGACGAAGACAUGACACUUACAAGAUGGACAGGGAUGAUAAUUGGGCCUCCGAGAACAAUUUAUGAAAACCAAAUAUACAGCCUUAAAAUAGAAUGUGGACCUAAAUACCCAGAAGCACCCCCCUUUGUAAGAUUUGUAACAAAAAUUAAUAUUAAUGGAGUGGUGGACCCAAGAGCCAUAUCAGUGCUAGCAAAAUGGCAGAAUUCAUAUAGCAUCAAAGUCGUCCUGCAAGAGCUCCGGCACCUAAUGAUGUCUAAAGAAAACAUGAAACUCCCUCAGCAGGGGCGCCUGGGUGGCGCAGUCGGUUAAGCGUCCGACUUCAGCCAGGUCACGAUCUCGCGGUCCGUGAGUUCGAGCCCCGCGUCAGGCUCUGGGCUGAUGGCUUGGAGCCUGGAGCCUGUUUCCGGUUCUGUGUCUCCCUCUCUCUCUGCCCCUCCCCCGUUCAUGCUCUGUCUCUCUCUGUCCCAAAAAUAAAUAAAAACGUUGAAAAAAAAAUUAAAAAAAAAAAAAAGA